AUGGACGAGGUGGCUCCAUGCCCUUUUACCUAUAGCUGCUUGAUCUCGCUAAAUUGGACGCCACUUCACUGUACACUCACUCCUGAUGUAGAAAAGCCUAAGCGUGGUCGUCUAGACUCCACAGGAAAGAAAUUUUCUGUUUAGCAGACCGUCGAAGCAUUCAGGUAUUCAUCAUACGCUUCCCUUUGUAAUUUCCAGAAUCCCGAGCGACCACUACUCGACGCUUCACCUAUGCAACUGUUUUUUAAUCUUUUUUUACAAUUGGAUUUCGUGGUAUUCUCGCGAAUGAGGGGAACUGGCAUUGGCAGUGUAAUCUUUAUAGCAAGCACUUUAUCGCUUAAAAAUCGUAAUCAAACAAAAAUCCGGUCGAUUAGAAGCGAAUUGAAUGCCACUGAUGGAUUGAAUGCAGUGGUCUUUUCACUGGACGACAUUGUUAAUGGAAUCCUAGACGAAAGGCUGACUGCGGUCGAGGUGAAAAUGGCACUACAACGGGUGCUGUUGAUGAGAUGUUUGUCUGACUUUAGCCCUAACCUUUCUCCGAAGAACAAGUGCACAACGGUGGAGCACGAAAAGACGAUUUACGAUCGGCAGGAAAAUGUUAUCCGACUUGACGAUUGUUCUGAUGCUACUCGUCCUGAUGAAGUAUUCGAAGCGAUUGCAUCUCCGGAUGAUAUUAAUGAGGGCGACUCUAACCUUAUGGUAAGCGACGAAUGUGUUCUGCAACAAAGCCGUGAAUUGAUGCAAGAACUGCGUCUGGUGCUAGUGGACCGCGCAAGCGAGUUUGACGAGCGGGAACGACGAGCCCUCGCGGCGUUUUACGGAGCUGUUGACAGUGUCUCACAUCAGACUGCGAGUAUGGCCAGGUCUGAAGAAGUUCUUCAGCAGGAAGAGCUCCCGUUAGACGAGCUGCCCGAACUACGGCGCAAUGAAGGAAUUGCCAGUGCUAGCCAUGAUAGACAAGAGACACCAUCCCGCCAGCUGCCUUCUGACUUGCUUGUCGCGCUUCAUAUGCGGUCAGUUGUGGAACAGACUAUCGGUGAUGAGUAG